AUGAGAAGAACAACUCUUUAAUCUGAUUUGAAGUUACCUAAGAAAAAAAUGUUUAAUAAAGAAAACACACAAUAACCAGCAAAAACAGGUAGGAAGCAUUUCGAUGAUAAGCAAAAUUACUUACCCUAAGGAUAAAACGAGGAUAAUUCUUAAAAUAAGAAAGUAAGAGUAUUUUUGAAUUUAAGACUAUAAUGUUGUUCCCAGAAAAAAAGAAUGUUACAAAUUAUGAUAAUGUUAUUGAACGUAGACCUUCAAUUAGAAUAUUUUAAUAAUAAACAACCAAUUCAAAUUUUAGAUUUUGUGACAAAUCAUCUUAAAUAUCAAAAAGCUCCACAAAUUUCCAUCCACUUCGAAGCAAUUCAGCCAACAUUUAUUCUAUCUUUAAUAAUGAUAGAGGAUUAUAUGGAAAAUAAUUUUGA